UUUCUUUCGAUAGCGACUUCUUACGCUGUCGCUGCACCGACAUUUCGCUCACUUAUCUCAUCCUAAUUCGUUUGACUGGCUUCCGGUUUGCCAUUUCAUACAUUCCCUCCUCACUUUGCCAUGAAUCCUCCAACACAUAAUUCCGAUGCUCCCCCACAUCUCCCACCGUCGAGAGGUCGUCCAUCACGUCUCAUUGCUCAAGCUGCACCCGCGCGUCCCGUCUCAACAUCUCCAGCGCCACACCAGCACUCACAAUCGCCCUUCCGCUAUGUCCACUUCGAGCAGAGCAGCAGCGAGAAGCAAAGACUCGGAGAGACAAACCAUGAUCAGUUUUCUGGCUCACGAUCAAAUCGACUCGACUCUCUAUCAUCCGCUAGUCCCUCUCAGACAUUCUCCCAACCGUCUUCAUCUCGUCCAUCAUCUUCUCGUCGCAAUUCUCCUGCGUGCAGACCAGCAAUGCGUCUCUCAGCACCAGACUCGGCAAACAUGUUCGCUUCGCCUCAUCCCUCGCUUCAUUGCAAUCACCCGCACGCACGUCGAUUGCGCCUACACUCGUUACUCAGGCCCUGGCUUCCUCUAAUCCUGUAUCUCUGCACAUCUCUCGGAUUUCUUUUGGCUAUUGCUUUCUGGAAGGAAGAGGUCUUCCGAGGGCUGGACGACUUAUCUAAAUGGCUCAAGGAAGAUGAAUCCUUCGGUUAUUGUGUUUUAUUCAUCCUUAUCUUCUUGACUUGUUUCCCUCCACUACCACUCUAUUCUACACUCAUUGGCCUUUCGGGUUACACCUACGGCGCUUGGACUGGUGCCGUUAUCUCCUACUGGGCUGCCCUAACCGGUGCCAUCGUUGUGUUCUUGCUUUCACGCUACCUUCUGCGAGACACAAUCUCAAGUUGGCUCUCUUGCGCCACAUCCGUAAAGCGCGUCGUGCGCGCUAUCGAGAAGCGACCCAAGCUGCUUUUCUUAAUCCGCCUUGCCCCCUAUCCAUACAACAUCAUGAACUGCCUUUUGGGCGCUUCUCCGACGUUGACUCUGCGGACGUACAUUUCAUGUACGGCUAUCUCUUUGUUCAAGGUUAUCAUCCACACAUCACUCGGUGCCUCCAUCCACUCCUUUGCCGACCACCACGUCAAACCCCGUCCAGACGGCAGCUCAGGCGAGGUCGAGUUCGUCGAACCCGAAGACGAAAGCGCGCUGGCACACUACUCCACUAUCGGUGGCAUCGUCCUCUGCGUCGGGAUCCUAAUUUAUCUGUCCUACGUCGCUCGCAAAGCGGUCGACGAAGAAUUGGAAGACGACGAAGUGCUGCCCACGCACACUGACGAAGAAGCUAUCGCUUUCCUUUCGCCUUUGGCCGAACGCAAUGGUUCUUGGGACGAUGUGAACGAAGCUCUCGGUGCUCGGCCUGGAGCUUCGUUGAUGGCGGAAGUCCCACUCCGGCCGGGGACCCCGACGAUCCUUGUUGGCACCCGGGAGUGUUCGCCUUUCCGUGGAGGAUCUUCUUCUUCUCUCGGGGAUGGCGUGGGAGAGUACCGAGGGGACGCCUGAGGGUGAUUGUGGGCGUCGAUUUGUUCUGGUUUGCUCCUUCGAGGUCUUUGGUCGGGCGUUGAUGUUCGUGGGGUCGGAAUGCGGUUCUAGGAGGGUGCGUGCUGGCAAAUGUGGUAUAGCGUUAUGAAGUCUUGAAGUCGAAUCUCUUCCAUGCAUUGUAUAUUUACUCUCUCCCGUCCUUUUUUCUGCGUUGCGAUUAUCGCCGCAUGGACCUUCUAUUCGUUUGGACUUUCGGAUUCGUUUGUUAAUGAUGAUGAGCCGCCCUCUUGUUUAUGCUUAUACUUAGUACACCUUUUAUGGACCGUCCGUCUUCUGGAUCUUUCCUUCUCACUGCGACUUUUCGCACCGUCAUUAUCAUCCCUUCCCAAUUCAUCCUCGCACUCGCCGUUCCAUUCUUCCGCCAGCGUUAGCGUUACGCACGGACGGAGUUCAUUAACGAACGGUCCAUUCCCGAUGCACUUUGGCUGUGGUCCGCGGGAUAGGUGGGAUGAUGCGUUGCAGUCACUAGUGUCGCACAUUUGCCACCAACUCGGUGCUUUAUCGCUUUUUCGUUCGCUCUCUCACCCCCUUCACUGCUCACUUGAUCAUCUGCUCACCGCGCUCGUUCAAC